AUGGAGCCAUCGAAGUUAGACGGUGACUUGCAUGAAAAGUUAGCUGAUUUAGACAUUGUGGACCUGGAACAAUCGUCAGCAUCAAAGGAACCGCCUAUCAGUCCCAGAAUUUUAAGAAAACGUAAAUCACCAGAUAUUAAAAUAUCCACCAAUCGUAGGGUCAGUAUGAAACCUCGUAAAAAUAAUUUUGUAACAGAAAGCGCUAACUCCAAACAAAUAGAAGCAUUAUACCUUAAUAAAAAAUUUAAGAAAACCAUGUCACAAACUCUAGAAACCAUUUAUGAGGAGCCAAAACCAAAUAAUUCUGAGCCAAAUGGUUUGAUUGGUGGCAGAAAAAUUAAGAGACUGUUAACAUUUCAAAUAGGCAGUCAUUACACUAAAGACAAAAUAAAGAGACGUAGGGAGAAAAUUAAGAGGUUGUUAGGUAAUAAGUCAUUUCUGAACCGGAAAAAGAUUCCAAUGAAUGUGUUUUUGAAAACUAUAGAAGAAUCUGGUUUGAACGAUGUUUCACAUCUGGAGAGUCAUGAAACUAUUACAGUACAAUAG